AUGUCUGAUAGUGAGAACAGCAAGCUAGAUGACUAUUUUCCUUCAUCUUCAAGAUCAGAAACAUCGGAAUAUGACAUUAUAUCCGAUGAAGAAGAUUCCGAUUGCGACUAUUUGCAAGACACCCGGUGUUGGACACGAUUGGAUGUAAAAAAUUUACCUGUGCCGCCUCCACGCUUUCCAUUUUCGGGACAGCCAGGAAUACAGAAAAAUAUAACUGACGUUUCGAACCCACUUCUCUUUUUCAAAUUAUUUUUUGAUGAGGAGCUGGUUCUCCAUAUUGUUACUAAAACUAAUCGUUUUGCAAACCAAUAUAUCAAGAAGCAUACUAGCAAAGAGAAAUCAAGAACAAAGUUGUGGCACCCAACCGAUUCAAGAGAAAUAUACGUUUUUUUAGGUAUAAUGAUUUUACAAGGGAUAACUGUAAAACCUGAGAUUGCACUUUACUGGUCUAAAAAUAAACUGAUUGAAACUCCAAUUUUUGGGAAAUUCAUGAGUAGAAACCGGUUCCAGCUUAUUAUGAAGUUUCUGCACUUUUCAGAUAACGAUAAUUUUGACGAAAAUUCACAUCCAAACCCAAAACAUAGAAAAAUAUGA